AGCACCUGGAGGAGUAUUAGGGUGAGACCAAACAGUCUUCCAAAUUACUGGGAUCAGGAUUAUAUUCGUCAUGGAGUUUUCUUCUUCUUGUUCUUCCCAGUUGCUGUUGUCCCGGUUGAUAUUAUGCGUUUGUGUUGUAGUUUUUGGUGUUUUCCAGUACCCUACUGCCACAGAGGGACUGGUGAAGCUGCCAUCAAACCAGACCUUUCCGGCGGUGAUUGUGUUUGGCGAUUCGAUCAUGGACACCGGCAACAACAACCAUCUUAAGUCACUUGUUAAGUGCAAUUUCUCUCCUUAUGGACGAGAUUUCCAGCAGCACAAGCCUACCGGCAGGUUUGGCAAUGGCAAGGUGCCUUCUGACAUCAUAGCGUCACAAUUGGGAAUCCAAGAGUAUUUGCCGGCAUAUUUGGAUCCAAACCUACGACCGCAAGAUCUCCCCGCCGGAGUUGUCUUUGCUUCAGGUGGCACCGGAUAUGACCCAAUGACACCCCAGAUAGUGUCAGUUAUAUCAAUGGAUGAUCAGUUGAAAAUGUUCAAAGAGUAUAUCGUGAAGCUCAAAGGCGUUGUUGGAGAAGAGAGAACUCAGUUCAUUCUAUCCAACGCUCUAGUUCUGGUGGUUGCCGGCAGCGAUGACAUCGCCAACACUUAUUUUACCAUUCGCAUAAGAAAAGCUCAAUAUAGUGUUCCUGCUUACACUGACCUCAUGGUCAACUCUGCAUCUAGUUUCGUCAAGGAAUUGUAUAAACUUGGGGCGAGAAGGAUUGGCGUGUUCAGUGCACCACCAAUAGGAUGUGUGCCUUCACAAAGAACUUUGGGUGGAGGAAUUCUGAGAAUGUGUGCAGAAGAAUACAACGACGCGGCAAAGUUAUUCAACAUCAAACUGUCCAGCUCACUCAACACCUUGAGCUCCGCCCUGCCCCACAGUAAAAUCGUCUAUGUGGAUAUUUACAAUCCACUGCUCGAUAUAAUUCUCAACCCAGCCAAAAGUGGGUUUAAAGUUGUGGAGAAAGGUUGCUGUGGAACGGGGAACAUAGAGGUAGCAGUGUUGUGCAACAAGUUCGAUUCUACGUGUGAAAAUCCAUCCGAUUAUGUGUUUUGGGACAGUUAUCAUCCUACGGAACGAACCUACAAUAUAAUCGUUCCUUCACUUCUUCAGAGAUACAUGAAAGACUUCUUUUUUUAAUUAAUUAAUAUGCUUAUUAAAAUCAGCAUAUAUAUAAUGAUAUGAUAUUAUGAAUUGAUUGUUUAUGCACGUGGCUAAUCCUCAAUUCUCAAGUCAGAUCAUGUAAUCAGCUUUCAUAUUUUUGGAAAAAAAAGUAAUAAUAAACAUUAUAUUAAUUUA